AUGGCCGAUGUUAAGAGCAAAUUUGAGUCUGCGAGGGAAUGGAUUGUCGAUCACAAGCUUAAAGCUGUUGGAUGCCUAUGGCUCGGUGGAGUUGCUGGUUCAAUUGCUUAUAAUUGGUCUCAACCCAAUAUGAAAACAAGUGUCAGGCUUAUUCAUUGUACUUAG